CAUACUCAGUUUGUGUACACUCGUCAAGUUUGAAGGCUGCGCAGUGUGGCGGCCGAGGUCAUUGCACUUCAGAGAAGAAGAAGAAAAAAAAACUCCCUUCGCUACAGCGCCUCCAUUUUGAAUAGCCAUGUAAUAGGGGAUUGGCAUAGUUAGUGUGAGUGCAAGUGUGUGUGUGUGCGUGCGUGUGCGCGGCUGUCGCCCCGCUGAGCUGCGUAGUGUCAACAAUCUACAGUCGAACGGCCGUCGACAUGGACGACCUGUUCAGCCCACGGAGGAGUUUGAACAACACUCAAGGCGAGAUAAGAGUGGGGCCAAGUCAUCAGGCAAAGCUUCCUGAGCUGCAGCCUCGGCCUGCACCAGCUUCCCAUUCUCAGACGGAGAGUGAGGAGCUCAUGUGGACACCUGGCGUCAAUGACUGCGACCUUCUCAUGUACCUGAGAGCUGCCAGGAGCAUGGCGGCGUUUGCGGGUAUGUGUGAUGGAGGAUCCACAGAGGAUGGAUGUUUAGCCGCCUCUCGUGACGAUACGACGCUCAACGCUCUUAACAUGUUGCACGCAAGUCAUUACGAUGCUGCAAAAGCUCUCCAGCGUCUGGUGAAGAAGCCUCUACCAAGGCUUAUUGAGAAGUGCUGGUCUGAGGAUGAUGUGAAACGCUUCAUCAAAGGCCUCAGACAGUAUGGAAAGAAUUUUUUCCGGAUUCGAAAAGACUUCUUGCCCAGCAAAAAGACUGGAGAGCUGAUCACAUUCUAUUACCACUGGAAAAAAACUCCAGAGGCUGCAGGAACGCGAGCUUAUCGACAACAACGCAGGCAGCCGUCGUCUCGAAAGGCAAAGACCCGCUCUGCCGCUGCUCCAGUGAGCGCCCCGUCUCGAAAUUACUCUGUGGAUGCAAGUUCAGCCAGUGAGGACGAACUUGACAGUGAAGAUAGUGAACAGGAAGUUAAGAGCUGCAGCCACUGCAGUACAACACGUUCUAAGGAUUGGCACCAAGGAGGGAGAUACAACCCGUUGCUAUGUACAACCUGCCGCACGUAUGAAAACAAGCACGGCUGUCUGCCGCCGGCACAGAAGUCUUCGGGCGCGUCAUUCAUGUUUAAACCCGUCAAAGGCGAAGAGGAGGGGAACAGUAAACAUGGCAUGAGGACACGGCGAAGCAGAGCACCUCAGUUGUCAUCUUUAAGAAGCGGCCACAGGAGACUCACCGGCUCUCCCACGAGCGAGGAUCAACAAAACAUGCCCCAGAAUUCCCAGACUGGGACGAGAGCAUCGACCACAGACAGUAAGAAUGACUCCACGAAGAAGAAUAACAAGAAGGUGAAAGAAGAGCCAGCCACACCAAAGACAAUGAAACGAGUCAGGGAGAGUCCUCCUCAGGAGCUUCACGAGCCUGAAAAAAUCAAACCCAAAAGGCCAAAGACUCAGGAGCCGCAGGAUUCUCGUUCUGAGGUGGAGGCCGAGGUGGAGGAGGAGAGCUCCUCAGAAAGCCGCAGUGCUCAGGACGAUGGCAGCAGCGACACCAAAGACAUCGAUCAGGACAACCGCAGCUCCUCUCCCAGCAUUCCCAGCCCUCAGCAGGGCAACGAGAGCGACUCUGACUCUUCGGCCCAACCGAGCGCGAUUCCCCCGAAACCUGCCGCACCGCCGGCCGCCCAGGCCGACACAGCGGUCCCGCAGGCCCCUCCCUCUCAGGGCCCAGCUGUCAUUCCACCGCAAAGCACUCCCAAUUCUGGCUCACCCACUAGUCAGCCCUCUGCAUCUCCAGACCCGCCUCAGCCAGCUGCUGACGAGUCUGCUGCCAAUUUGGCCCCGAGCAACCGACCUCUGCCCACCCCUCAUUCUCUCUGUGGUGCACUGCCGCUUCCACUCACGGUGGGGCAGGACUCGCCUCUGUCGUCUGCAUUUCAGGUGCCACCCGCUCUCAGCUCGGUGUCCUCCCAGUUACCACCAACCCAAAGACCCCCACCCUUCUUUAGGGAGUCACAGCUGCCUCAGCCUCCCCUUUCCGGCCCCCAAAUCAAGCCUCCUCCCACCACCCCGAUUCAACCUUCCCACAAGCAGAUACCACACCAGCCCGCUCCAACCUUUCCCCAGAUGCCCUCCAACCUGCCUCCUCCACCUGCUCUAAAACCUCUCAACUCUCUGCCCAAUCAGCAUCCUCCAGGCGCGCCCCCUCCACCUCUUCAGCUGAUGCCCCAGUCUUUGGCUGUGCAGACGCUUUCCGGCCAGCUUCCGGUGAUUUCUCAGGCGCACGCUCACCCUGGAAAGAGUACCAGUUCCCCUCAUCCAUCCAGCGCGUCCUCGCAGGCUCUCCCCACUGCUACCUCGGCAGCAUCGGUCGGCCCCGUCCCCAGCGGGCAGCCGUCCUUCCCACCUAUUGGGCCGAGAUCAUCGCCGAGCGCUACAAUGGGAGCGCCUCAAAUACAAAUAAAAGAGGAGCCGCUGGAUGAGAUGGAGGAAGCAGAGAGCCCACCAUCUCCAGCUCGCAGCCCUUCGCCAGAGCCUACCAUCAUCAACAUGGCCAGCCACGCCAGCCAGUCUGCACGGUUCAUCAAGCACUUGGAUCGUGGCUACAACUCCUGCGCACGGACAGACCUGUUCUUCACACCGCUGUCCAGCUCCAAGCUGGCCAAGAAAAGGGAGGAGGCCCUAGAAAAGUCUCGGAGAGAGGCCGAGCUGAGCGCUCGGCAAGAGCGUGAACGAGAGAAGGAUCGGGAGCGAGAAAGGGAGGCUGACAGAAACGCUCGAGCAUGCAGCUCCUCCCACGACAGUCGCCUGAGCGAGGCUCAAAUGGCCGCUCACGGGCGCCCGGGCAUGUACGAGCAGCCGCCCACCACUGUCGCUGCAGUGCCCCCCUACAUCGGGCCCGAUACACCAGCCCUCCGCACCCUGAGCGAGUACGCCCGACCCCAUGUCAUGUCCCCCACCAACCGCAACCACCCGUUCUAUGUGUCACUCAGUCCCGGCGACCCCAUGCUGGCCUACCACAUGCCCGGCCUGUACAGUGCCGAGCCCAGCUUGAGAGAGCGUGAGCUGAGGAACCUCAGAGAGAGGGAGCUCCGCGAGAGGAUGAAGCCGGGCUUCGAGGUCAAGCCCCCCGACCUGGAAACCUUGCACCCCUCGGCCAACCCUAUGGAGCACUACGUCAGGCACGGGGCCCUGGCUCUGCCCCACAUCCCCGGACCUCCUCACCACUUCGCACCCUUUCACCCAGGGCUCAACCAUCUGGAGCGGGAAAGGAUGGUGCUGGCCGGUACUCAGCUGCGCCCGGAGCUGAGCUACGCCGAGCGCCUCACCGCCGAGCGGCUGCACGCUGAGAGGAUGGCCUCCGUGGCGCCGGACCCCGCAGCCAGGCUGCAGAUGCUCAACGUGACACCACAUCAUCAUCAACACUCGCAUAUCCACUCUCACCUCCACCUGCACCAACAGGACCCCCUCGGUCAAGGUUCAAGCCCUCAUCCUCUGGUGGACCCCCUGGCAAAUGGACCACGUCUGGCUCGCUUCCCCUUCCCCGGAGGCCCUAUCCCCAAUCCUUUGCUAGCUGACCUUCCACAUGACCAUGAGAUGCUGCGCCACCCUUUGUUUGGGGCUGCCUAUCCCCGAGAGCUGCAGGGUCCAAUUCCUCAGAUGUCAGCCGCACACCAGCUCCAGGCCAUGCAUGUUCAGUCAGCAGAGCUGCAGAGGAUGGCCAUGGAGCAGCAGUGGCUGCACGGACAUCACCUGCAUGGAGGCCCCCUGCCCAGCCAGGAAGAUUAUUACAGCCGUCUGAAGAAAGAAGGUGACAAGCCAUCGUGAGAUCAGCAUGGCGCAUUUGUCAUCUAAAAGCCUGUACACCCAGUAGAAUACUGUAAGAGAGUACUCGUGUGUCUUUGUUUUCAUAUAUUUUACAACAUAUCUGUGUAUCGUUAUGCGCAUUCCUAUUUCAGCACUUCACAGGCCCGCUAAAGUCUGCCCGAAGUUUUUCACAAGACUGAAAUUGUUUUCGGAACAAUCUCUCAGAUAUUCACGUGCGUUUCAAAAGUGAUGGACUUUCACCAACUUACUGUUCAACAGUUUCAUAUGCAACACAACUUUGCUAAAACAGCCUUUGGAAGAUUUGGAAACAGACUUUGGUGUGUCCUUGAAAUAUAUUGUCGUGUAUAGAUGAUGGUUGCUUGUACAGAAUUGCAUUAAAACCAGUGUUUGAACGAGUGUUAACGACCGAGCAUGACUCAAACUAGAUGAACGAGUGUUAACGACCGAGCAUGACUCAAGCUAGAGUAGCAAGUGGCAUCGUCUUGUUUAGGCUUAAAAACAAAUAAUAGAGGUUUGGUUUUACUCGAAUUAUGCUAAAUAUUUGUCUAAAUCCUAAAGUUUUAUAUAUCCAAGAUAUCUUUUCACAGUAUGACCUAAGCUUUAUUCACUCCUUUUUGAGCCUGUAAAUAUUAAAUGUUCACAAUAUUCUAUAUAAAUGAGUAUCAUUAGUUGUAGGUGUAAACCUUGUUUGAACAGGAAACCUGAAACUCUUAACACUAUAUAAUGUAUAAUUGACAAUUAUUAAUUGGAACUUGAUCUGUACCCCGCAGGUUUUUCGUGGAAUUAAUGCAUUUGAUAAAAACAAGAGAAUUGGUGACAAACUAAAGAUUGACAAUUUUAAAAAAAAAGGCCUUGAAAUUUCAUAUUUAUGUGUAUCCAAUAAAGUUUGUUCAUUGCAUAUUUAUUUCAAUAAAUAUUCUGCAGUGACACCUUG